AUGCGGUGGCAGGACCGCUUAGCUGUGCUCUUCUUUCCUCAGGGAAUGAUGCUCACCAUGGCUGCGCUGAUGCUUUUCCUCAUACACCUGGGUGUCUUUGCCAGCGACGUGCACAACUUGUGUGUCACCCACCAUUAUGAGCGUAUGAGCUUCCACUACACGGUCGUCCUGAUGUUCUCUCAGGUGAUCAGCAUCUGCUGGGCUGCCAUGGGGUCACUUUACUCGGAGAUGAUGGAAAACAAGUUACUCCGGUGCUUUGCCCUGACCAUCCUGAUGCUCAAUGGAGCCAUAUUCUUCAACCGCCUGUCUCUGGAGUUUCUGGCCAUCCACUACCGGGAGGAGAACCACUGA